AAUAAUAAUAGUUAUGUUAGGUUAGUACCUAUACAGUAAAAUAAUUCACUUUAGCGAUAUUACGAGUAAAACAUAAUAUUUAUUAAUAUUUUUUUACAUAUUAUAGUUGUUAUUUUUCAAGUAGGAACGCGUGGGAGGCUCCGUGAAUCCACUCGCGCCCUUCCCAAAUACAACCAGUUUGUGGCGGUGGUGGAAAUCCGUUCGCCUGUUAUGAAGCCCGCGUACAGUUCCUUUUUUAUUAUUAUUCUUUCACCAACGCCGUUCAGUCAGAGUCAGGUCACCGAACGUUUUCGUCGCAAUAUACCCAGGUAUAUUAUUGUCAUUUAGCAUUUUUUUACUUCUAAUUAUAUUUCAUAUUGUACACACAUACACCUCGUCGACAAAAUAACACACCUCGCCGACAGACGGACAGUGUCGCAGCAGUCAGUCAGUCGGUUAACCGGGGAAACACCACUUUUUUUUAUAUUUUAUACUUAUAACAAUACUCGUUAUCUCCAUAACAUAAACAUAUAUAGGUAGGUACCGUGUGCAAUACACAAAAUUUCAUUCACUGCAGCACUAUUAUCGCUAAUUAAAUAAAAUAUAAAACUAUAAUUAAGCAGCCAUGGACAAACAACAAGAGGCCGCGGCCGCAGCAGCCGGUACGACGUCCGACGACAGCAUCAGCAUGAAAACGGAAUAUCCAUCGCACGAGGUUUACGUCUCCGAACCGCCACCGGUAAGUAAUAAUGAACAAUAUUAAUAAACGAUUUUAAUAGAAAAAAAAUUUGUUGAAAAUAAAUGUUAAAAAAAAAAAAAAACAAUAAUCGGUCGUCGCUCGUCACACUCCAUUUCGGUUAGCUAGAAAGUCGAAGAAACGAACUGUGCUACUAUAAACCGCAGAAAACUAUAAAUAGGUACUAUACGCGUUGGCCGGAGACCGGAAGUGUAUUUUUUUUCCCCAUCAUCGAUUUUAUUUUACGUCGGUGAACGGUUAAUAUCGAUUAUUAUUGGAAUACAUAAUUUUCACGAGAUAAAAUAUAUAUAUAUAUAAUUGAUAGCUGUACUGAUAUGUCUUACAGUGUUCAAUUUUAAUCAAAGUUGAACAGUAACUACAGUUAAGUUUUAUAAAUUAUUUGUUUUGUUAAUUUUUAACUUGACUAGUUAAAAAAGAAAAGAAAAUUACUUAUGGUUAUUAUAUCAAUUAUUAUUAUUUGUAUUAUAAAUUUUAAUACAAUAAUUUUAACUUAACUUAGUCUUAUUUUAUUAGGUAACAUUUAAAUUGCCUAUUUCUGAAUAGUUAUUUACGAAAUAUUCGUAUAAAAAACCAAUUAUGAAAGUUUUUUCUUUUAUUUUCCAACGAAAAUCUUAUAAUUAUUUUUACGUAAAUAUCAUUAUUAUACGUAUAAUAAGACAUUUAUUGACACUAAGAUAGGUAAUAAUAACUGUAUAAUAAUUUUCUAUUCGAAAAAUAAAAAUACGUUUGUGAUUGUACAUUAUAGCCAAGUGUAUUUUUUUUUUUUUAAAAGAAUCAGCAUAAUUCUUAUAUUUAGGUUACUUAAAUUCAUUCAAAAUUAACUUUAACUCAGCUUAUUUGUGUUUUGUCUUUAUAUGAGAACUUAGGUUAAACUACAUAGUUUAAAGUAAAAAUUUGUUAGGCAUAAUAAGUUUGAUUCUAGGUAAAUUGGCCUUUUUUCAAAAAUAAUUUUGUCUUAUGUAAUUUUUCCCUUUUAUUUGUUUGCUACAAUUAAUUUACAUUGAAAACUAUACACAUUGAUUUGCUUAAUCCUUCUCCUGUUGGGCCAAAGAUAAAUAUAUAUAUAUAUUUGUUAUGAUUAUUACCUAUAGGCAAUUUCAUUGGUACCUAUACCUAUACGCGAUUUUACGGCGUUUUGGUUUUGUUUUCUAUUAUAAUUUUUUUUUUUACCCAAAUCUGCUCUGGUUAUAUACCUAAUAGGUAUUACCUAUGUAUAUAUUUAUGUAUUGUAGUUAUUAUAGAUAUCGCCGGUAGGUAUUUCGAACAAUGGACGGGAUAAAAAAAUAAAAUAAUAAUCGCUUUUACCGCCCGAGAAAUUGCACGUUAUGUGUACAAUAAUAUACAAUGACGUCUGGGUACAUAUAUUAUAAUAUAAUAAUAUAAAUUAUUAUAUUGUAUAUUGUAUUUAGUCACCAAUAUUUAGACGCUUUUACACGGAUAUCAAUAUAAAUAUCGCGUUCGUAAUGCAGUAUUUUGCACGGUCUCGGAAAACCAAUAAAAGGACUUGUCAUAUUUAAUAUUUACGUGGAUACCUUACCUAUACAUACAUAUAUUAGUAGUAUUUUAAUAUGCAUAUUAUCGCGUAUUUAAGUAUAGAUUACGGUCAUAGUCCUUUUUAUACAAAAUCAUUUUUUUUUUUUGUUUAAACAAUUUAAAAUUCACAGUUGUUAAUUUUUAUUCGGUUUAAAUAUUUUUAGUAUUCACGGCAGUCGUUAUUUUCUAUCAGUAUACAAUAUGUAUCGAUACGAGUUUCGUAUUAAGAGGUACCUAAUCAUAGUUUAAAGAAAUAAAAAAAAAAUUUUUUCAAAUAAAGUGCUAUCAGACGAAAAAUUAUUUUAUGGUCUUACAUGAAAAAAUCUGAACAUUUUUACUGCCUGAAAGUGUACUUCGAGGGGAAAAAAAACUCACAUAAUUAUAAAACUAAUGUAGCUUCUUCAGUACACCCAGAAACUAAGAAAAAGAACGAAACAUUUUGGCCCCUUUCGACUUGCAUCCCGGGGCUAAAGCCCACCAUCCUCCUUAAUAUAGUCCUGGUACGCCAUAAUGAAAAAUAAAUGCCUUAUUUAAUGACAAUUUAAAUACAAAUACGUAGGUAUCUAAUACCACAAUACUAAUAGUACUAUUAUCGACAAAUAUACGUUUUUUAUCAUGCCCUCCCCCCUUGUACCCGGAAAAUAAUAUGUUAAGCCACUCACAUCAUUGAACUCGAGCACAGUAAUCAAUAAAUAUUCGGACAUUAAUAAAUUUGGUCGUGUUUGAUAACUGCAGAUAAUAACUAUAAUACUUAAUUUGUUUCAAUUCAAUAUUGUGUCUUCACGGGUUUGUUAGCAGGGCUAUCAAACAGUGGUGGAUCAAACUACUUUUUUUACUGGGGUGGGAGACACAUUUAAACCUAUAGGAUAUAGGCACUAAGCUCAUUCCUUAUUAUAAAUCAUAGUAGUGAUAACAAGUUAAAAUUCUUUAAAAUACACUCUAUUUAUAAAUUAAAUAUAUCUUUAAUUUCAGGGAUAAGGAAGAAGAGAGCUUAAGUAAUUUUUGAUAUUUUUGUUUUUGUAAUUUGUACCUCUUAGUUUUUAGUCUAAAUGACAUAUGUUUGUAUAUAUUUUAAUACAAUAAUUACGUAGUCACAAUUGGCGGAUAGGAAAAAAAACAAAAAUCAUUUGUAUAGAUAGGCGGUAUGUACCUAGAGAGAAUACUACCGCCGCCCUGAGGGAACCUCACUUAAAAUAAUACUAUUACACACCUGUGUGUACAACAUAAGUACCUACAAAAUAAUAAUAAUAGUUAGUAUAGGUACCUAUAAUAUGUAAAAUAUGGUGUGCCGAGGACAACUGGGUAUAACGACUGUAGUAAAUAACAACAAUAAUAAUACUACAUGGUUUUAAAUAUCCUUUCUCUUCGUGUCGACUCUUGUGUUCUGCUAUUAUUGGACGCGCGCGGGCUGCGCAGUGGUAUUGAGUUACCUUGAGUUCAAUAUUCCCCACAAUGCGAGUGCGCGCCUGCGUUAAUAGUCGCGUGAGCGUUUUCAAUUCUAUUUUUUUCUUUUUCUAAACAACGACGAAUAAUUAUAAUUUACGGUACACAAAAAAAAAAAAAAACAUUUAAAAAGAGCUUUUCACGCUUGACAUAUAUUAAAAAUACUACAAUAAUGUUCGCUCACUGUCUUGCCUGUGUGCAACAAGGUCAACCCGAUCGUAUUUUGCGUCUUGUGUAAUAUCAAAUUGUAAAGGUACUUAUAUAGUAGGUAUGUACUUACUACUUAUAUUAUGUCCAGAUAUAAAAGAUAGGUACGAAACGGGGACGGGUUUUCGCUAAAAUAUUGUCGUUAAAUCGUCGAAUGAGUAUAACUAUAUCUAUGUAUCUAACUGGUUUCUACACGUCUCUCUCUUUCUCUUUCGCUCCCUCUCCGUCACGAAAGAAAAAACGAUUAUAAUAUAAUUUUGUGCGUUCAAAUUUGUUUCUCUGACUACAUUCGACGUUGCACGGUUAAUUUACAUUACCUAUAUUAUGUGUCAAGUCGAAGUCAACAUUUUUGUAUUAAAACUGUAUUUGGUUUUGAUUAUUGCAAAGAAAAAAAAACGAACAUAAUAUUAAAUGCGAGUAUAUGCAUAAUAUAUUAUUAUUAUUAUUCUUUUUUAAUAACAAAUAUAUUAUAAAUAAAAUAAUAUGUAAAUGCGGCCGCAUAUACGAGUAUAUUAUGAUAUUAUAAUGAUUUGUUGUCAAACCGGUUGUUGAAUAGUGUUCGGUUAAGAAUAUUAUACAAAACAAAAAAAAAAAGACAACAUUGAAUCUUCUAGAAUCUGUACGACUGCCAGCAAUGAGAUCUAUAAUACUAAAACACAUUAUAUUAAUAUGUAUUUUGCAAACAUUGUAUCUUCCUUAAUAUUGUGUUAUUCCGGGAAAAUGAAAAAAAACACUGAACUUCUUAUACCAAACACAGCUAUAAAUAGUAAAUUUACACUACAUAAUACUAUAGCUAUCAGUGGCGGUUACCCUAUAGUCCAGUGGUUCUCAACCUUUUCUGUAUGACGGCACCCUAAUUUAGAUCUAUACAAAUGAUGACACACUUAAACUCUACAAUGCAUUAUGUUACCUAUAAUGCAGGUUAUAAUGUUUUGAAUUAUCUACAAAACAAUAUUAAUAAAAAAAAAUGACCAUGAGUGCAUGAUGUUGCCUACCGGCAGCAAUGUAAAAAAUUACUUUUAUCUAAAUAGGAUUUAAAAAACAAAAUUUGUAUUUUUCCCGUAAAUAAAACUACUCAAUGAACAAAACAAAAUUUAAAAAAAUUAAGAAGUCAUGUAUUGUAGGGUUAAGCAAUUAAUUAAAUUAAAAUGAAACACACAACGCUCACAACACGACGGUGAUUACGACUGAGGAGAGGACAUGCUUUUUACGUACAAAUAAACAAUUUUUGGCGACACAUCACAGUAAUACGCGACACACCGGUUGAGAACCACUGCUAUAGUCUGCUAUAAGGUACUCAAGCACUCCUACAGAUGUGGGACGGUUGGUAGACCAUAUCUUAGAGGCUAAAGAAUCUUAUGUUAAUCAGUUGUGAACGUUAUAUUCCGUUAUCUUCAAAUUAAAUUCUGCAUCAUUUUGCACAACAAAGUGUUGAUUUAGCUAAGAGAUUAGUCUAGUUUCUGUCCUUAGUCAACAAAACACAAGUUAAGAAAGUGAAAUGUUUAUAAUUAACCUAUUGUUUGUCAAUAUUAAAAUAUAACUAAUUUAUAAUAUUAUAAUAUUUUUUAAAAAAAAUUACGCAAGUAUUUAUAAAAGCCAAAUACGUCUAACCCUGGCAUUUAAUAUCUUCGCAUAUGGAUUUUCUGAAAAAUAGAAUAAAAUUUCGAAUUUUUGUUUGCAGUAGUUCCCACGCUUAAACAUAAUAUAAUUUCAAAGUUGAAGAUAUGCAAAAAAAUAAUCAGAACAAACUGUAAUAAAAACUAAAAAUCAUUUUUCUUUCUUUCUAAAAUCACACUUUUAAGUUUCGUAUUUAAAAUAAUUGUCGUAAUAUCGUGAUAUUAUGUAUACCUAUUACCUAUAUGUUAUUAGAACAAAAUAAUUUACGCAAACAGUUAAAUAAAAUGUCUAGGAGGGGGCAUGGCCCCUAUGGCCUCCCUAAACGCCGCAUCUGGCUAUAUAGGUGUAAAGAUAUAAAGUCAAGCCAAAAAUGAAAAUUUAAAUACCUUGAGUCAUCCCAGACCCAGCUGAUAAUGACGCUCAUCGCGUCUUGUUUAAAUUCGCUAUAUUAUACGUGUAUUUUUUUUUUAUUAAAAUGUAUACAUUAUAUACUUUCCAACGAGAUUUUCAAGUGCACUAAUUGCAUAUAAAUAUUAUAUAUACGCUGUGACUAUUGCAGUUUCACUUGUAGGGUACAAUAAAUGAAUAUAAUACAUGUAUUUUAUAAACUAACAUAGUAUAUACGCACGCUUUCUCUCUUGAUAUGAUCCAUUAAACGAUUUAUCAAUUCGACGGGUUUUUUUUUUGCACGAGCCUUUUAACGAUGAAUUUUCGCAUUCACCCAACGCUAUAUGUAUUUUAAUAAUAACGUCUAACACUUUUCACUGACCAUUACCACAUUAAAAUACAACGACGUUUGAAUGACGCAUACUUAAACGAAAAAUUUAAAAAUAUUUUACCUAUUUAAUUAGGCACAAUCGAUUAAUGAUCAAAAGCCACAUCAUAUACUAUACACCAACUGCAGUUUUUAUGUAAUUUACUGCAGAUUGAGUCCAUAGCCAAUAUCGAAAUUAUAAUAUUAUUUAUGCGUCCUAUAGAUAUUAUUUGCAUAUUUAUUUGUGGAUUGAGGAUCUAUUUAUUAUAAACAUGGUGUAUAUAUAAUAUGAAGUGUAUAUAAAUGUAAAUUUGCAGCGAUAACGUGUACCGUUCAUCAGUGGAUUUUUACGAGACAUUCGAAAAUACUCGUAUAAUAUCAAUCCAGUAAAACGAAUGACGUGUUCAAUUUGGAAAUUUUAUUCCACCCAUGUUGUGAUUUUGUUAUUGAUUAAAAAUUGUCGAAUUUUUACCGAAAAAAUACUCUAAUACAGUAUUGCAUUAUUUGGGUUACCAAACGAUCUGGAAUUUGAGUUGUUUUAUUAGCAGUGAUACAAGUUGGGUUGAAUUUCUAUGUGAAUUUCGUCAUGUUGUUACGGGAAAGGGUGUUUUUACAAUACCGGCAUACAAUUUUGUUUAUGAUACAUGGCAUUAGCAUCAAAGAUGUGCUUUUUGGGGAUUUCAACUUUCAAACUCCAUCCAUAUUAUUUUUAUAUUCAAAUUUACUUAUUUUUUUUUUUUAAGUAGUUCAUAGUUUUAAUAUAAUAUUUGGUUGUUUCACAAAGAAUAUUUCGAUAAUGUGAAAUAGGUAGGGAAAUAUUCGACUCUAUAGUGACUGAGUUCUGCUGUUCACGGGUCUUUUUUUUUUUUGUUAUUCUAAAAUAUUUUUCUGUAUUCAUAUAUUAUUAAAAAAAAAAAUAAAAAAAAAACAAUAUGUUAAAUUAGAUGGAAAGUGUGCUGCACGAUUUUACAUGUAUGUAUUUAAAUGCGACGCAACUACAUUAUUCAUAUUUUGUUCUUAAAAAUUGUACUAUACGAAUAUUAUUACUAUAUUAUGCAACAAAAUCUCGGAUUUCUACAUAAAAAUUUAGAAAAUUAAGUAUAUUUUCAUUAUUCUUACGAAUAAUAAUAAUUAUGGAUUUUCUCACACACAUCACACAUAAAAAUAUGAUCAUUGUGUAAUGUAAUACUUACAAUAUGUAAUAUAUUAUAAACUAGUGUUGUUUGUGAUUGUUUGUAUGUUAUUAAAAUAUGCUCUCUAUAUAAUGAACAAUAAUUGUUAAGACAUAGAAUGAAAUCAGAUAGGUACCUAUGUAUGUCACUGAUUAACUCUGAUUAUUUUAUGAACUUUAACUGACGCCUAAUUUAGACUUUAGAAAUUUUUAAUGCAAUUAGCCAUUGUAAAAUUUGAUCGUAUAGUAGUAAAUGUUAUAUAGAUAAAAAUCGUUGGAAUCUAUAUACAGUUGUCAAUUUAUAUAAAAUUACAAAUUAUAUUUCAUUAUUAUUAGGUGUAUCCGUACAUUAUAAUUAUUAUAUACGUAGCUAUUUGGAUUAUAUUUUAAAACCCGUAAUUGGGUAGGAGGGGGACGUUAUUAUUAUAAUUUAUGGGUACCUAAUAAUUAUUGAAUUAAAGCGGUGUACUCGGGGAAGGGGUGGGACGUUGUUAUGAUAAAAUAUAUAUUUUGUAAUUUCGUCGUGUAUUCAAUCCGUGAAGUAGUGCGCGGAAUUAUAAAUAUAGGUAGUAUAGGUAAUAUAGCAUAAUAAUAGAAGUUUUUAAUAAAAAAAAAAUUCACCCAUUCGAGUGUACCCAGUAAACGUUGCAUAACUAUUGCACCUACUACAAUAUACACCGAGUUCACUGCAGCUAUCAAAUUACACAACUAAAAUCGAAAAACACAUAUAAUAUCUCAUUCUCAUAUUAUUACACUGCAUGUUGCUUCAUUAUAGUAAUAAUAUUAUUAUUUGUAUUCUUGCCCGAGCCCCUGCCCGCAGGUUCAACGAACCAGACGCUUUCUCCUUAUUGAAUAUAAGUACCAAGGUAUACCUAUAUGUAUUAUACAUAUAUACGUAUCUGUCGACAAACGGACAAUAUGACAAAAUAAUAUAAAAACGAUUAUUGAAUAAUAUACGGCGAAAACUGCAUUUGCGCCUAUAUAGUAUAUAUACCUGAUAAUUGUAUGUGAUUUUUUUUUCUUUCUUUUAUUGUUAUCGGAGUAAAAAAAUAUCGUGUUAAAUAUGUGUCGGGGAAAAAAAAAAGGUAUAAUAAUAGUUUUUUCCUGAUUUGUGCCAAACGUUGUUCUGCAAUAUACUAUACCUAGAUAUACGUCACAUAUUUUAGCCGCGGCCAAUCAUCGACUCGUACUUAUAUACAUUAUACCGUUAUAUGUCGUUUCAUUGCAACCAACCAGCUAGAAUAACAGAUGUCAUGAACCUCACCAUCACGAUAUUAUUGGAACCAAUCAAUCUAGUAUAAUGAAUAACAAUAGUUAACCUUUUUGUUCGCACGCGCAUUGUUUUCACGGAGUGGAAAACUAUAUUGUAUAGAUAUAAUAUCCUUUAUAUCCGCGUGAUUUUCUUGGUGAAGAUUCGGGCCUGUAAAUACAGGUACGCCGACAAUCAUAUAUAACUGUAAAUAUGACUCGAAUGUAUUUAAUUCGUUUUGUUUUUUUUUCUUUUAUAAUUUUCCAAACGCGUCAUGUAGAUCGAAGACUAUAACGGCGGGACCUGUAGUUUCCAUUAAAAUGAACCUUUCCCUUUUCCACCAAAAGAGAUAUUGACCAAUUUCCACCAACACAAUGUCCAUACUGCUAUACAAAAAAAGCGCUAUCUUUUCUGUUAGAGUUCGGUAUAAUAGGACAUCGGUUUCAUAGACUCAUUUAUAAUACGAUAAUAAAAAUUAUUUAUUGAUUGAUAUUGCAUGUUUUCACAGUAAACAAUUAUAUUUAUCGGAUGUAUAAUGUAUAUAAUAUUUGUUUUUGUUAUUUUUUAUUAAUUCACAGAAUGAAGAAAUUUGAAAUAAGUUAAUAUUUCUAUUAAUUAGAGUGGACAUUUGAAAGGUAUUAAAAUAUUAUGCAGCAAAGAAAAAAAGUUAGCCAUGUUAAAACAUUUUAAUAGGUACCAUAAAAAAAAAAAAAAUCACAAAUAUUGUGUAAUAUAGAAACCUAAAAUAAAAUAAUGUAUUUUGAUUAUAUUAAUAAUUUUGUAUGGGAAAUUGUUUCACGGUAUCGAAUAAUUUUCAUUAUAAUAGUAAAUAAAUAUGGAAAAAACAAAAAUAUUCAAAUACGGUCAAAUAUAAUUGCAAAAUUAAAUUUCGUGAAUUAUUUGUGUAAUAAUUAUUAUAAUAUUAAUAUAUGAUUAUGUGAUUCGUAAAGAUUAUCAUUGGUGUAAAUUUAAAAUAAUACGCAGUAUAAAAUAUUUCAACAGUGAUGGUACAAAUAUUACCGAUGGCGAUGUGGCAUAAUUAUAUAGAGUGUGCAGAGCCUAUAGUAGCUGUACAUUGUCCGUAAAACUUACCUUGUAGUAUCUGGGACAGUUUAUGAUUUUUUUUUUUUUAGUUAUCAAAUCAUUUUCUCGUUUUCUACACUAUUAUAUAGACAAAUCAUUUUAUCUAUACCUAUAUUAUAUCUAAUAUUAUUGGUAAGAAACAAAAAGUGGUUUAUAACAUAAAGUAAAACUAUAAUAAAUACCGGAACAGUAAUGGUGGAAAACUAAAAUGUUUUGUAUAGCUAUAUAUUUCAAAAAAAGAAAAAAGCAAAAUAAUAAUUUCGUUUCGUAUAUUAUCCCAUUCGAAUUAUAAUAUACGUGAUAUUUAUAUAGUUUUGUGUACACCCGAUUCAUGCAUAAUAUACAUGCUUUAAACCGAUUUCCGGUAUAAAUCACUGCGGCAGUAUUAUUUCGUACAUUAAACCAUUAUUAUUCGUUAUUGACCAAAACAUUAAUAUUAUUAUUAUUAUUUAGGGAACGUGUUGAAAUACACAAAUCGCGAGAGCUAUAAUACAUAAACAAAUAUUGUAUACAUGGAAUGUAAAAAUAUUAUAAAUAUUUAUGUCAAUAUAAUUAUCGGUUUUAUACAGGUAUUAUUGUUAAUGUUACCGUUUAGUUUUUUUUUUUUUAAAUUAGCGUUUCGCACAGUUUCCUAUCUUUACACUCUCUCCCACGAUUGUGCUUUCUUUUGCGGUAUCUACUAGCCGAUCCUUAUUACAUCUUACAUUAGAUAUUAUGCUAAUGAGUUAAACUUUGACCUUUGGUAUAUAGCGUAUAUCUAUUAUAUACAUUAUACUGCAGUAUUAUUACAGUUCAUUGUGACGUGGACUGUAAUAUAUUAUAUUAUAUCUACAAUAUAGGUACCUAGUGUGUUAUAUAUCUAUGUGCAGGUACCUAUAAUAAUACUGCACGAGUGAUGCGUGUUAUGAUGGUAAUUGUAGGAAAAAAAAACUACGGGGUUCCAUAUUAAAACGUACCUGUGGCGCCCAAACUAUAUUUUUAUAGUGUAGUAGAGUUUGAAAUUCAAAACCACCACCCUCUUCAAAAACUUUUGUCCAUAUAAAUAUAUUCUUUUUGACCCCUAAAACCUACUGACUUAAAUAUUUAUAUCCGUUAUACGUGACUAUUCCAAAUUCCAAUUACCGAGAACACCCAAUUACCAAAAUAUGAUGUGUAGCGAAUACUACACUUGAAGAUUACUAACUAUACUUAGUACAGUUUGGGCGCCAUUUGGAACGUAUAUCUCGUAAUGUGCUCUAUAUGAAAAAGUUUCUUCAUGACGUGAUUGAUUAUGGGAGUUAGUUGGUGCACACUACUAAUAGUAUAACUGGGUAUAAAGAUAUCCAGUACCCGUCGCAUAAUUUAAACUUUGAAUAAUAUUUUCUAAUCAUUAAACACAAUUAUUAGUCCAAUAGGUAACCAGUGUUUAUUGUGAGUGUAUAGUUAAAAUUAAUAUUUUUUAAGAAUAACGUUGUAUUAUGGCAUUGAAGAACCGUAUACUUACCGAUAAUAUACGCUACUAUAGGCAGUAAUUAUUUAUUUAUUCCUAUUACAAUCUUAUUAUUCUUAUAGUUCAUCAAUUUGGGGAGAAACCUAUAGUAUCCAUUUAUCUAGAUUAAAUGUUUCUAUUAAUUGUAUUAUAAAAAAUGUAUUCAGUUUACAUUUUCAAACAAGCACUAGUAUAAUAUAUGAGGCACUGAAUGUAAAAAACUUUAAAUGUAUUUAUAAUUUCUCUGUUCUGAUAGAUUUAUUUAAACAUAAGCAUUUAAUAUCAAUAUUUGAUCAUGAAUAUAAAACUAGAUUUAAACAAAAUAUUAAUAUAAUGCUUACCAAAUUGUUUUCGGUCAAAAAAGUACAUUUUAUAUUGGCUUACAUUUAUGUGUUUCAUUUAAUAUUAAUUUAAAUAAUUUUAAAAAUUUAACUACUUUCAAAAAUUAUAAAAACAAAUUAAAUUUAAAUAAUAUUUAAUUUCAGUUAUUAAUUAUCUCAUAUCUGUCACUUACUGUCUAUCUAUUUUAUUUUCUUUAUUGGCCUCAUGUUAUUAGAUUUGAUACCUCAUUAAUGUUCUAUUAUAUUGAUUGUGUCUAGUAUAAUUAAGGCUCUUUAUUCUAUUUGUAAUUGUAAUAUUUAUUUAAUUAUAAUUAUUAUAAAUUUAUAAAUUUAUUUAUAAUUUAUAGAUAAUAUUUUGUUAUAAUAUGUAAAGAUAUGUUAUUGUUGCGAUAAAUAUGAUAUUAUUAUUAUUAAUUAUUUAAACAACAAUAAGACCAUAUAGUAUAGGUGUACAGAAAAGUCAUAUAUCUAUAAAAUAAUUAUUCUUUUUAUACAAUAUAUUACUAUUUGUAAUACCCAGCUUUUCCUGUGCGCGGUAUUGAACAGAAAAAAAAUAUAAUAAAAACUUGUUUCCCCGUAGGUAAAAUUUGGUACUUAUAAGAAUAAUAAAAAAAAAGUUGUUUCUCGUUCAACCAACAUUUGAUAUUAGAAAAAAACAAAUUUUAAUUUUCAUAUUUUAAAGACUAAUUUCCUGUGUGAACUCUUCUUUAAGGGUUGAAUUUUCCAUUCAAAUCAUUAUCCAAACACUCUUGAAAUUAAUACGAACAAACCGUGCAAAUUUUAGUGAGAUCGGUCUAGUAGUUUUUGAGUCAAUAAACUGAAUAAACUAUUACCAUAAAUACACUGCCUUUUACUGAUUUAUAGAUGUUAUUGUGUUCAAUAGUUGAUCGACGCCAAAUAGUUGCGAUGAAGGCGAAGGAGAAGAAGAAGAUGUAUGUUUAAUUGUUUGUAUGCUGAAAGUUAAACACAUAUAUAUUAUAUAUAUCGACUAAAAAUAAUGCAAGUUAUAGAUUUCUUGUAUGAGUGAUCAUUUUUAAUUUAUCUUAAUAUAACCUACAACUGUAUACAUUAUACCUAUAUAUACGUAAGGUUAUUAUUAUAUACCUAAUUGGGUCACAUAGUUCAAAAAACGUAAAUGAAUUAACAUAGGUAAAAAUAAUGCGAGUUAAUUCAAUAGUGUAUUGAAUGAUUUUUUAAAAAAGAACAGUAAUGAUAAUCUUAACACGAAUUAACUCUUAUGAGGAACACACUAAUAACGUUGAUUAUUAUGGCGUGUUUGUCUACACCAAAUACGUUUCUAUCAGCUAUUAUUACACAGAUACGAGAAGAAAUUAAUACUAUUAUAUUUUCACAGUUCAAAAACACAGGUUAAAUUGGAAUAUCAUUUUUUCUGUCGCGUAUACAAUAUAACAAUACAUUAUGUUAAAGUGAAAAUAUAUAAUUAUUACAACCACGGUCGUUAUAAAAAUAUUAGAAUUCAUUUAGCGGAGCAUAAAAUAUAUAUUUAAACCGUCAUUAACACAUGUUUUUAAUUUUCUAAUUUUUGUUCGACUAUAAGGUUAGUUCAGUAUCCAAUCACGUAUAAAUAAAGCUGCCCGCAAUGUUUCUUUUUUUCUCUUAGUUAUAGUUUUAUAUCACUUUGGUUUAUUUGUCAACAUUGUGUAUUAUGUAUUUUAUCGUCGCCAUCUAUUGCAGAACAAUGGAAUACGUAUAGACGAAAAUAAAUAAAACUCCCAUGGUAGAAAGUAGUUUCCUAUAGUUCGUUAAGCCAUUUGGGUAUCUACUUUUUUCCCUUUUUUUUAAAUAAAAAUUCAAUGGACUCCCCGUCUCUCAUUAACACCUGACACACCGUCAUCACGCGUUCAUUAUACACAUGUUAUUAUUAUUGUAUGAUCGAUUUAUGUAAAUUAUUAUAGUGACACGUAAGAUACAUCGUCGUAAUAACGAAUUCGUUCAAUUUCAUCAACGCUUUCCCGUGUAUUAUAUAAUACCGACUGCAGAUGUGGGUUUAAAAUAAUUAAACGGAGCAGAUCGAAUUUUACAAAAAAAAAAACCCCUAAUGUUUUCCACGUUACACGCACAUAGGCUUUAGCCUAUUUAUUUUCGUAAAUUUAUAAUGUCUUCUUUCAAAACGUUAAUAAACUUGUGGUGGCAUACGAUUACAUCCGGGGAGCUAAUAAUGUACCUAAUAUUCUUUAAUAAUAAUUUCUAUACGAACAUAACUGGGAUAUUUGCUUGAAAUUCCAAUACGUGUAUUGAUGAUUUAGUUGAUAAAUGGGUUGGGAGGAGUCGAAGACUUCGAUACAAACAAAUAUUUGUCAUUAACUACACAUAAUGUGUAAAACAUCGUAAUAGUAUUUUUUUUUUCACAUAUCAGCUUUUAGCUGUCGACCACAAAUAAUAUAUUAUGAUGGUCCAGUGUGAUCCGCCACCAGGGUUUUGCCGGUCAACAUUGUAAUAUAGGGCGGGACACUAAAAUGAUCAAUUUUCAAAUACAAAUAUUUAUGAAAUAAAAAUUAAUGCAAAUUAGCUAUUAAUUUGUUAUAAUGGAGUUUAUAAUAUGACAUUUAUUUUUUAAACGUAAUUUCCUAAAAAUGAUGGUUAUCUUUUCUUAUAAGCACUAUUCUAAUGUUCUUGGUAUAUUGUCCACAAUACACAUCAUGGUGUUUCACUUCCAAAGAUGUAAUGGGAAUUUCUUCUCGAAUUUUUUCGUUUUGACCUUCAACAUCUGAAAGAGUUAAGGUUUCUGUGCGAACAUUCUAUGGGGGUGAAAGUGUAGACCAUUGUGAAAAAUCCGACGUUGGCUCAUACGAGAUAAAUUUAACGAUACCGCAUUUUUCGUGCUUAACUUCUUAAAAUGUUUACAAGAGCGGCUCUAAUAGCAGUGAGGUUUUCAAGAGUAAGUACGAAUGUUUUGUUUUCGUUCAGCCUACUUUAUCAAAAGUGCACCGGACGUAUUGGUUUUUAUUUUUAUUUUUUUGCGAACGUGUGAUAAGUAAUAAUAUGUUCAACUACAAAAUGAUUACGGGUAAUACUAUAAAAUAUUUGUAUAUAGGUACAUACGACCAGCAUAGAAUUUAUACGCUCGGUUCCGAUGACGAAAGUUAUAUUAUAGCCUCUCCAUAAUGUAUUAGGUAUACGAUGUAUGAUUUUCUCGUACAACUAUUUUAAUUAUUAUCUCAGUUUUUUUUUGUUUUUUUUUUUUACGUUCGCCGCAAGAUAUUCGUAACUGACUAGUCAGGUGUCGUAUAAUAUAUGAGGAGAGUGCAUUUUUUACAUUCACACAAAUCACAAUAAUAAUAUUAUAAAUAAAACGUACAAUAUAAUAAUAAUUAUUGUUGUCUACGGUGGCGGUGCAAUAGUAACGGCUACGUAGUAUCAUUACACCACAUAGUAGUGUACUGACUGCAGACUGGUGUAGCAAUUAUUUCACCGUAUUUGUCGGCGAUCGUUUUUGACGAUAUUUUUAUUUUAUAUUCUUCUAUUCCUUCUAAUUUGUUGCUGUUUAUCAUUGUUAUUAUUAUAGAUUUGGACAUCCGUGACGGCGAAACAACUGUUAUCACGCGAGAAAGUAUACCCCGCGCGCUUCUAUAAUAGUAAUACCUAUAUAGGUAUCUUAUCUAGUAUCUACCUACCUAAUAAUGUAAUAAUAUAAUAUAGGAAAAUCGCAAUUAUGGCUUUUCUGCGCUGAUGGAAAUGAGCCCGCAGCCGAUUCAGAUAGUUUCAAUUACCACGUUUGUGGUCGUUCGACGAGAUAAUAUUAUAAGUGGUUUUUUCUUCUUCUUUGUCGUCGCGGAACACAUCAAUCAUUUGUAUUUGAAAUAGGUAUGAAAAAAAAAAAAAAAAAAAAAAAAAAAAAAAAACGAGAAGCUAGUUUCGUAUAGCCAGUGGUACAAUAAUACAUUUCAAAUACUUAUGUAUUAUAUAUUAUUAAAACAACAAAAAAAAUAAAUAUGAUUCUGACGAGUAUGUAGGCCGUAAAAGACUACGAAUUUAUAUAGCAUUAAUAUGCAGGUAUAGUGUACAUAUGCUCCCCAAAAAAACAAGAGAAUUGAAAAUAAUUUAUAGUUAAUAAGAAAUUAUACAUGAAAAUCAUUUAUUUAAUCUGGAAUUUGAUGCAGAACAACUAAACAAGCAAUAAUGUAUGUAAUUUUGUGAAUGUAAAAUAAGUCUUUGAACUUUACCGGACCUUGAACAAAUUUAGGACGUGGUGCUGUCGUGUGGGAAUCGUGUGUGUAUACCUAAAUCAACAUUUUAUUAUUCCGGUAAACAAAAAAUUCACUGACGUAUAUAAAUCGAAUAAUAAAUUAGAAUUUUAUAAAACGUGAAAGUUGUUUAUUGUUAUUACUAUAUUUUAAACAUAUUAGGUGCAUACUCGUCAAAAUGGAAUUUAUAAUAAUAUACAAAAUAAAUUCAAAACGAUUUAAACGCGUUGGUGGAGUACAUAAUAAGGGGAUGUCUGUUUACUGUUAUAAGGGGAAUCGAGAGUCAUGAUGAGAGAUAUAGGUACGAGUCAUGAAAAUUCGUGAUUAAUUAUCGUCACGAAAUUAUUUGAACGCCGUGAUAUCGGUAUAGUGAUUCUUUGGACGCUUUUGUAUACGUCUAUAAGGUUUAAAAAUCGUGAUCAAAAUAAUAUAUUAAUGUUUGUUGCGCAUAGCUAUACCACAACGGUAGGUAUAUCUAUAUGUACGUUGAUCUAUACCCGCACCAACAGGACCUAUAAUAUAGGUACCAGUCUCUUUAUUUCUGCACCGCAGAAUUAAAAUCGUGUAAAUCACGAUGCAUACGUGCAGCAUUCCAUACACAAUAGUUUUUGUUGUGUACAAUUCUAUUGUGAUAACAAAAAAAAAAGUACAUAAAAAAUCUGCUAUUAUUAUCAUUAUUUUUUGUUUGUAUAUGUGCGUGAAUCCAAAUAGCCGCUAGAUAAUUACAAUAGGUAACUACAUAGUAUUUCAAUAACAAUAUUAAUUGUGACCCCAGCGAUCGUGGCCAUAAAACUAUAGUAGUCAACAGAUUAAUAGUAUAUAUAAUACAUGUACUCGGUAUUAAGUAUAAUUGUAUUUUGAAAUUAUUAUUCUGGUAUUAAAAUAAUUGUUGACAGAGUGUCAUUAAAAAAAAUAUUUUAAUAUACUUGGUAUGAGUGAUUAUAAUUUUCAUUCUCAAUUUUUUUUUCUUGCAGCGUUUAUAAUAAUAUUGUGUUUAAACGUAAGCCGAGUUAUUUUAAUUAUUGUCAGAUGGUAAAAAAAAAAAAAAAACUACCACAAUUUAUCAUAUUUAUAAUGUAUUGAGAAUUUUUUUUUGAAAUUGAUGGCGAUAUAAACACAAUACUUAUUUAAUGUUUUAUACUUUUGUACUCGAGUAGGCGUAAUAAGGUUCAGACAGUCGUGAUGUACCAAUAUAUGUGGAUGGACAAUGAGCCACGAAUCCAUGAGAUUUUAGUGCUCUAAAUCAGGGCUCAAGGCAUUAUUUUGAGUGGACAAAACGGUGAACAAAAUAACAAGAGAUGAUUUUUUAAUUUUUUUUCUUAUUUGACCUGUGGGCAAAUUAGGCCCCAAUUCGAAUUAUAUACUUAAUCUCUAAUUUGGUUGAUGUGUAGGAUAUUUUUCCAUGGACGUUAGAAGUUCUGGUUACGCCACUGGGCACAUAUGUGUACGGCUGUUAUUGUAACUAAAAAACAAAAUAAUAAACUGUGACGUUUAUAAAUUAAUCAUCUCUCUGCUAUAUACUUCCAAACGUUUUUACUCAUUAAAUCACCUAAUUUCUGCGGUUGGUUCUCCGACUACAUUAUUAGGUAUACCAUAUUCUGAAUAACUGAUAUACAUAUUACUAUUUCGGGCGAAAUCGUGUAUAUAUAUAUAUGUAUAGUAUAUAUCUAAAUUCUAAAUCGCUAUAUAUAGAGAUUAUUAAAUAUCUUCAAAUAUAUGUAAAUUUUAAGUUAUUUAUUGGUUAUUUCGAUUUACCGUAUAUAUUUUGUCGCGUAUAAAAUUGAAAUUGACUUAAUCCUGGGACCUGGUUCCUGGGGACCAUAUGUAAAUUAUACUCAUUGUAAAUCUAGUUUUACAGAUCGUAUAUAGUAUAGUGGUAAAUAAAUAAAUAACUUUAUUACAAAAUGUCUCUAAUAUAUUGUGUAUAUUUUUUUUUAGGCGUACAAACUCAAAACUAGACCAACUGCCGUCCAAAUAGCAAGAAUAGCCGCAUUUACCGUGAUCGCGUGUUCAUUCAUAUUGGGUUCUUUCUUGUUGGCCGCUGCCUGGUUACAAGCGAACGCAUCGUGUUCACAGUUAAUGCACGCAGAAGCACUCCUCAGACAGGUAUAACUAAAUAAUAUAAUUUAUUGUAAAAUAUGACAAUUUAGUAUAAUAUAAUUAUUUUUGUUAGAAGUGUUAGAACAUCAUAAUAGUUAUUAAAAUAAAUUGCUGUACGAAAUGUUGAUACUUAUCGUGUUAGUUUAUGCUUAGAGCCGGAUUACGGUCAUAGUAUGAGGGGGGCUGUAUACUUUUGGAGAGACUUUUUUACCCAUAUAAUUAUUUUUUUUGUUUUAAAUUCAGAUUUAUCGAUUUUUAUCUAGCGUAUAUUUAUUCAGUAUUGGCAACAUUCUUCAUAUUAUAUCGGUCGAGGUACUUAUAAUUUCAAAAAACAAAGAAAAAAUACUUAAGGGUGGAUUUCUAAAAAUGUUUAUAAAUGUUUCAAAUAAAAUGUCAUUAGGCGAAAAUAUGCAUUUCUUAGGGUAUGGCAUGGAAAAAAGAGUAUUUUUACUAAUUAAAAAUGUGUUUUCUGGAAAAAAAAACACAUCUUUGUAAAACAAAUAACUUCUUUACUACAUUCAGAAUCUAAAAAAAUACUGAAAAGGGGAAAAAAAAGCUCGGCCCUCUUCGACUUGCGACCCAGGGCUAUAGCCCUUAUCUAGCCCCUCUUAAUCCAAUCAUCCUGUUUAUGCUACACAAAGAGUAUUUUCAAACCAAUAUAUGCCAUAUAUUAUAUAACAUAUAGUAUAAGUAGGCUUACACUGAACUUUAGUCAUUAUAGGUACCUAUUUAACUAUCUAUGUACAUGUUAAUACAGUUUGUAAAUCACCUUUAAUUAUAAUAGUUAAUAAUCCAAUCAUGAUAAGUAUUUUUGAGUUUUCUUAUCUGAAAUUUAAAAUUAAAAUAUAUCACACAAAAAUGCAAAUAAAUUAUUAUUUAUGAUAUGUACAAACAUAUAUAAUAUAAUGUCUAAAAAAUUUGAGACUUAGUUUUUGAUUUUUUAAUUGUAACUACUAACUAGGUAUAGAUAAAUAUGUUAUUCUUGAUUCAGUUAUCUAUUUUCUGAGAUAACAAAUAUUGAAUAAACGGAAUUUAAAAGAGCAUUACAAUUUUAAAACGUUCAAUUUUAGCGUGUAUAAAGGUACGACUUAGGUAAUGCAUAAUUGUUUUGUACAAACAGCACAGAAAAAAUCCAUCUUUAAUUUCGUCUCAUCGAAUUCUAAAUUCUAUUAUCAAUAUAGGGAAGUUAUUUAGAGAAACGCAAAAGAUUAAUAGAAAUAAAAUUAUAUUAAACAAAACGUUUGGUUUAUAGGAAUUUUAAGAAUAACAUAUUUUGAUAUCACUUAAUUUUGACGGCAGUAAAAUUUAUUAACAAAUUUCACAAAAAUUAAUUUCAUAAUUGUUAUCUGUUUAUGUUUAGCAAUUUAUGAGUUAAAUAUUCACAUCGUGCCACUAAGGUCCGUCCUCAAUACCGUAAACGCUUAUUUUUAAACGGAGUUUAUAAGAUAAUCGAUCAAUCGUGGUCGGUUAUCAGCUAUAAAGUGAGUUUAAGAAGUAAGAAUCAGAUAAACGAAUUUUUUUACGUUGAUGAGAACGGCCCUUAGUAUAAAUUAUUAUACCAACAAUUAUUACCUCAGUACUAUACAACUUAGAGAAUUCAAGCUAACGGUUUAAGAAUAGCCGUAAAAUAAUUACAUUAUAACCAUUAAUUAGUAUAGAAUUGUUAAAGUAAUGCCUUUACAUAAAUCAAAAUUGUUUUAGGUCAUUGUUCUAUAUUAAUGAGUCAUUAAUCUAAACUUGAAAAUGUUAUAAUUAUGAAUUAUGAUAGUAAAAUAUAUAAUUAUUUUUUAAAAUAUCAUAUAACCACUUUAACAAUGAUCGUUUCAUUAAAGUAUAGGUAUGUCUAAUUGGAAUUAUAAAAAAAUUUUAAAAAUUAAAAUUAAUAAUAUAUUCUAAAUUAACGAGUAAAAUGUCGACCUUAAUAAUUAAGUAGGUAAAAUGUAAUUUGUUUCUCUCGUACUCACGGUAAAAUUAUAUUGAGAACCGCAUGAUCACUUACAAAGUGCGGUUUUUUUUUUAUAUAAGAAUAAUAGUUGAUGCGUGAGAACAGUACAUUGGAUAAUAUCGCUUUCUUUAUAUAUUUUUUUCUUAUAUAUAUACGUAUACAUACAUUUUUUUUUUUUUUGGUUUUUCGAUGACAGUUUUUCAGAUAAAACUAUAGGUACCUAGUUCGGCAAUCGUGGCUUUCACUUUGAUCCACGUACAAACAGUGAAACUGAUUUCCUAUAUACCUAAUACCUUGUUUAUUUAUGUACAAGUAUUAAUUUUUUUGUUUUGUUAUUUUUGCUAUCAGUUAUAUUUUGAAAUCAUAAAUUAUAUUUUGUCAGUGGUGGUUUUUAAACGAAAUAAAACUCGAGAUCGAUUUACAACGGUCAAAUUAAUGUAUAUAAUGAUAAGGUAUUACAAGAACACUAUCUAUAAUAAUUUGUCGGUCACAAAAAAAAAAAAAAUGAAUUUUAUGAAUCAAUUCCAGAUGUUUUAAAAAUAUUUUUCUAUGCAGAAAAACAAAUUAGUUAAGGGUCUCCGUAACAUAGGUAUAGGUAUAUAUUAUAUGGUGUUUACAAUAAUAUGGGUCAAGCAUAGGUAUAUAUUAUAUUAUAUUACAUGCACAAGUAAAGAUUAUUCAGUGUAACCGACCAUUAAGUCCAGGAAAUAAGUUAUGAAACCACAGUAUUGUUCGAUUUGAUUAACUCGGCGUGUAAUUUGUACGUGACAAUGUUCUAUAACUGGUGUGUACCAGCUCUCUAUAGAUACUUAUACAUUUUUUAUGUAAUAAAUAUAGAUCUAUAUAUUAAAUAUCUAGGUGGUAAGGGAAACGAAAAGUUAUAGAAAAUAUUUUUCUAAUAGGUACCCAGGUAGGUAUGUGUACGUAUAUUAACACCUACCUAUUCGGAUAAUCGAAUUUAAAAAAAAAAAAUGUCAGAUAUCAACCGAUUCAUUAUGCUAAAACAAAUCAAUAAUAAUUGUAAUAUUAUAUGAACGCUCGUUUAUACACCUACCCUGCAAUAUUCGUUAUUGUUUAGAGCGAAGAAGCUGCGGACCGUCCACAAUAUCAAGCGCUGGUCGAUCCUUUACAAUCAGACGAGACAUCCGAUUCGAAACAAGAAGAACUUCCUGUUCAUCAACAGUCCGCCAGAAACACAGAUAGUCAACAAUCCACUGGUGCAGGGAACAACGAUCAGCCGAGCACACCGGUUCAAAUCAAAUUGCCAUUGGAAUUGGAUUUCGACGAAAUUGUCGGAGUGAGUGUUUGAUCUUUCUCUUCCCAUACAGAAUUUGUAAAACUACUUUUUAUAACUACAAUUUUUGUAAAAUUCACCUUUGGGCAUAAUAAUUAAAAUCUUCUAAUCACACUGUAGAUACCCACUCUUUCCUGAUGCAGUGACAUAUGCAUAAUUUUUAUAUCGAGAGGAGGGGAGGGGAUAUGUAAAAAAAAAACAUAACCUAUCACAUAUUAUAUACGAAAAAAGACGUUUUUAGUUUUGUUUGGAAUACCCUAAAAAAAAAAUUAGUAAAUUGACCACAACAAAAACUUACAGUUACACUUCAACAACGACAAGACUAUCAGUUUUCAAAACAAAUUAAAUAUCAAAAUAAGUUAAAUAGAUUUAAAUGUCGAAUUGUUUGUCAAAAUAUAUUAUUUACUUACCGGAAAAUGUUUUUGUAAAAGCAUACUUGAUACACCAUUGUAGAAAUUAGACCAUUGUAUGGUCACACUGUCACAGUUCAGAGUUAUUCUCAUAUUAUUAUAUUAUUCUGUGGUAUGGAUCCAACGAUAGUCAAUACAUAGUUACUUUCAUUACUGGUGGAUCUAGAAUUUUUUUAUGGUGGGUGCUAUUUUUCUAAUGAUGUUCCUUAGCCUUAGGUACUUAUUGUGUACAACGUGCCAAGCAAUUUAUAAUAAUAAAAAAGUUCAAUUUGCAGAACGGUGAGUAAUUUAGCAUUCAAGCAACUCCUCUCCCACCAAAAUCUGCCACUGUCUAUUACUAAUCGUUAGAUACUAAAUAAUAAACGCGUUUGAUAGCUCUAUAAAAAAAAAAUCUAUGAGGAGGAGUUCAAACUCCCACAUCCCUUCUUUUACGUCCCUAACUUAAUGUAUAAUAAUUAUUUUUAAAUUAUAUAAAUAAUAUAGUGUACUUGUUUAAAAUAAGGCUUUACUCGAGAAAAAUCAACGUUCACGUAUGAAUUGUGUAAUUGAAAAGAAACGCGCCGAAGAAGUGAUGGAUCAUCAACCAAAAACUCUCCGUCUACCAUUUGGCGUAAACAUUACCACCGAUCCACGUUUUGAACACGUAACGGGAGAACGAUUGAGCAUCGUUUGCGAAAGUGGACACGAUGAGAGGUAUACGCAUACCUAAAUUAUCAUCUACAAUACUGAAAUUAGUUAGACUAACCACCGUUGAUGAAUCCUUAAAUAACUGAUAUAAAAAAAAACCCAAGCUGAUUUGAUCUUAUUUUAUAAACCUUUUAGACGAACUCCGAGUCCAGCUGAACCAAUGCAACAACAACCGUCAAUGAUGAUGCCGAUUCCCAUGGGCGCCAACCCUAUGACCCACCUGCCAAGUAUGAUGGGACCACCGCCUCCCCCUCACCAUAUGCCACAUCCGCACCAUCAUCAAAGUCCAAUUCCCUUGGCAAUGAUCGCUAGAAUUAACGCUGACAUCGACAAUCAGCUUCAAUUACAAGAACAGCAACAGAUUGAGGAGCACAUCAUACCCAUAUUCCAACAACUCUUACCCGAACUCAGACAAUCCCCUGAUAAUCAAGAACAACACCAACAACAUCACAAACAGCAGGAAGCUGAAGAUAGAGCCAUGCCCAACAAAGUUUUAUACCAUCCGGCUAUGGCCGAAGGAAGACCUCUGUACACCGUCGCUAUAUCUGACAAAUCGAAUGGAGACGGACCAAUGAUGCACCAACAAGCUAUGCCAUCCGAAGCCAUACGCCAGAAUGCACCAAUGUUCCAGAGGGUUCCCAUUCACGUGCCUGUAUCCAUGAUGAUGCCACCAGGUUCUGGACAGUCAGUUCAACAAGAUAGUUCAAUUGAUGAUCCAAAACCAGCAGACCAUCCACAUUGUAAGUAUAUUAACAAAGUUGUUUUGAUUAAAAUAAUAUCAGUAUUAUUAUUUCAAAAUAAAAUAGGUAGGUACAUAAAAAAAAUCAAUACUGCUGAUGAGUGCACCACUGUAAUAAGUGAGCAGUUGAAUAAACAGUUAUUUAGUUUAUAUCUGUAUACAACGAUAAACCAUUGCUAAUACAAUACGAUUCUUACCGAAGUUUAGUUAUAUAUGUUUUGAAAUACCGUAAUUUUUACGAUUUUCGUAAAAAAUUGAUCUUUAUAAAAAGAUUAUUAUUAUUAUCAAUUACUAUUUAUUAAACUCCUUUUCUAGAUUAAGAGGGUAGCGAGGGAUCUAAUGGUUUUACUAUGGUAUAAGGAGUGAUCAAUCUAUUGUAAGACACUCAUUAUCCCAGAAAGUAUUAACUUUUUAAAAAAAUUUUUUUUAGAGAAUUUAAGGAACAACUAGCUCUGAAAUAUUACAUUAUCAUUAUUUAUCUAACCAUUAUUUUUGGAAGUGAAACGACGACCUACUUUUGAUUUUCAAUGGCAAUCUAUGUUUAAAAUGCCAUAAAUAGACGGAGUAUUAGUUUAAAAACAUUCAAAUUUUUGAAUUCCAUCAAUCCGUUGACAAGAUAAUUCACUUUUAAGCUUAGGCAAGAGAAGAAUAGUGGAGCACUGGACACCAUGCCACUACAUAAAUAUUAUGCUCCACUACUCUCCCCUACCCAUACUUUAAUGUGGAUUAUAUCGUCAACAGACUGAUGAAAAUGAAAAAUUUAACACUUAAUUAUUUUAAUCUAUUCUACUCCAUCUAUUUAUAGCAUUUUUAAUAUAAAUUGCCACUUUAAAAUCAAAAAUAGGAAGUCGUUUCACCCUCAAAAAUAAGGCUGAUAAAAAUAAUGAUAAUGUAACAUUUUAGAGCUGGCUGUUCCUUAAAUUUUCUAAAAAAAAAAUUUUAAAAAGUUUAUAAUUUCUGGGUUAAUGAGUGUUUUACGAAAAAUUAAUCACCCCGUAUGUAUUUUUUUUGUCUGUAAACAAUUUUUAGAAAAGAAAUUGUGUCUAGUUGGUGCAUUAAUCAUAUCAUUUUUUGAUUUUCCAUGGGAUUUUCAAAAUGGUUGUCAAAAAUCAGAAAGAAAAUGAUAACACUCUCCUUCCGUAACAAAUUUUAUUUUUAUUAAAAUUCAACCCAACUUUUAUUACUUCAAUCUACUUAUAAAAUACCUCUAGUUUCUGAAUUUGAGUUCAUUUAGUACAAAAAAAUUGCUACAAAUUUACAAAAGUAGUAGGGAAAAGAUACUUUUAUAUUGAACAGGCACAAUAAAGUGCAAUAAUCUUCAUUUUAUUCAGGGGAAACUUGACAAUAUUAAUAAUUACCUAUUUAAUACUUAUUAUACAUGUUUAAUCUUGACACGCUAAUAAUGAUUUUUUUUUUUUAAUUUCAGUUGUUCAUCCACGUUCAGUUGAGUCAGUUCAAAUCAACCACAAUGAGGAGAUGAAUUGAUGUGCAAAUGAUUUUUUCAAUUUGACAAAUAUAUAUAUAUAUAUAUAUAUAUAUACAUAAUUUUUUUUACACUGAAAAAUUAGUAGAUCUUUUAUUAAUGUUGGUAAAUUCUUAAAUUAAGCCCAAACUGACAUUAGGAUUAUAAUAAUCAAAUAACAAUAUUAAGUUUAAAGAAUUUAUAUAGAUAUAUUUUAUGCCAAGAAAACAGUAUAUUUGGUACAAGUACAUAAAAUACAUAUUUGAUCUUUGUUUACACUAUAGUUUUAAGAUUUGUUAAUGUUAAUUGUGAUUGUAUAAUAAUACAUUUAUAGUAUUGCUUUCAAAUAAAAUCUAUAUUAAUUUUGUUAAAAUAUAUUUGUGUCAGUGGUAAAACUUCAAAUAGGUAUUGAAUUAAUAAUACAUAUUGCAUAUUAUAUGUAUAAAGUAUAAAUAUUAAUAGUGUAAACGAGGUUAAGUAAAUAAAUAGGUAUAAAUAUUAAUAAAUGUAAAUCUGUGAAAAGUUGUAAAACAAUUAACAUUUUUAAGCCUCUACAUCUAAAACAAUAAAAAAUCCUAAGAGGUUACUUUUUACAUAACAAUUUUAACAAACAUUGAAUCAUAUUAUUAGUACCUAUUUAGAUAGGUAAACAAAAUACUCAUAUUAAUAUUAAAAAUACUCAUACACAUUGUGCAUACAAAAAAAAUUAGUUAAAAUGAUCAAAAAAAUUAAUUAAAAUAUAAAAUGUAUAAGAGCUAUCUUUAAGAGUACGCAUAAUAUGAUAUGAUUAAUGAAGUUUUUUUUUACCAUCUAAAUAUAAAUACUUAACCAAAAAAUGCUACAGAAUUUAUUGGUUUUACUAAGACAACUUUUUGUGUUAACCCAUCUAUAGUUCUGAAAUGUAUAUGCUCGUUUAGAAUUUAGGUAUCUCAUUGUGUAGUCCCUUUUACAUAUCAAAAUACAUUAACAGGGUUAUGACGUUGCAUUUAUCUAUGUCAUCAAUAUAAUCUUUUAAAGUUAAUAUUUGAGAUAUUAAUUUAAAAUUAAUAAGUACAGGAUAUAAAUCAAAAAUGGCAUCCACAAAAAGGAAAUGCAAUUAAUCUUACAUGUUAUGAAAUAUCAC